AUGACUUUUCGACUUAUUUCAGAAUUAGUUAUAACAUGGUCUUAUCUGCUCAUAAUUUUUAAUAAUGAAGACGUGUCUAGGGAAUCGGUAUUUUUUACGGAAUACGACAGUUUCUUGGAAAAAUUAUUUUACGAGAUCGUCGCACAGUUAGAUAUGCAGCCACACUGGCCUAUCAUUGCGGCGAUUUCAGGUCAUCCAACUAUCGCCAACGGUUCAGCAAUAUCAAUUGAUCGUCAUAUUUCUGGCCCUAUGGAUUCUAACAGUAUGCUGAUCAGUGCACUUACUCCUGGUGGUUAUGUGCGUCCAACCCUUUCUUCUAAUGUUCUACCUGGUUCCUCUAUCCCAUCAGCACCUGGUGGAUAUAAUGCACACCAUAAUCUGGCCUAUCCUUUCCCUCAUUCAUUUUCUGUUGGUGCUCAUCAGUCUAUGGAACCGCCUAUUGCUGGGCGUCAAUUCCCUAAUGCAACGAUAAAUCCAUCUUUCCAUUUGCAGCAUUUUCAACAGCCAGCUUCUCAACAGUUACCUCUGCCUCAUGCACCUGUACCCUAUGGUCAGUCAUUAUCGUAUCUGUCACCUUCUUUGGUAACAGCAAUGGGCAAUGGUAAUCUAGGUCACAUACAACAAACUUAUGCAAAUGUACCAUCACAAGCACCAUUGGCGGUUAAUAUGACAGCCCAUUGUCGCACGUUUGAUUCACUGAAACAUUUUGGUGCUGCUCCCCAAACACAGCAUGGUCGUCGAAAUAAGUCAACUGUUACUUCUAAAACUAACUUAUAUAUCAGUGGACUAAGUGAGUCCGAUACCGAUGAUACAGUCCGCUCACUUGUUGAAAAUAUUGUCCAACCAAAAUCAUGUAAAGCUAUGGUGGUCAAUGGGAAAUGUAGAGGUUCUGGUUUCAUUGAUUGUGCCUCUGAAGAAGAUGCUGAAAAAGCUAAAGCUCAUAUAUUAGAAUGUGCUAAAAAUAAUGGACGCAAGUUGUCAGUAAAAUAUGCUUAUGAAAAUGAAAAAGAUCUUCUCAAUGUUUAUGUCCGAAAUCUUCCACGUGAAGGUUUUACAAAAGAAAUGUUAGAAAAUUUAUUUCAAAAGUUUGGACAUGUUACAUCAGUGAAACUACUUGAAACGUCUACCGGCUUUACAGGGAUUGGUUUUGUUCGAUUUGCCACUGCAGAACAAGCUGAAAAAGCAGUUGAACAGAUGAAUGAGGCAAAACAUAUUGUCCGAGGUGGUGAUAAACCGAUCACCUGCAAAUUAGCUGACAAAGCAGAUCCUAAACGUCGUAAUGCUACUUCCAAUCCACAAGCUUUGGUUGCCGCUGCUGCUGCCGCUGGUUUACACCCACAAAUCCCUGUCGGUAGUCAUAUAAAUCGCACAACUCAUGGUUUACCAGGUCUUGCUUCCCUACAAGCUUUAGGUCAGGCGCAACAGCCUUCCUUCAAUCCUCAGUUUCCUUUGACUGCACAAUUAGUGCAACCUUUACAACAGACUCCUGUUGUUGUACCAAAUCUUCAUUCAUCAGGAGUUUCUUCACAAAACCGUAAUGUUUUGCUGUCAUCAGCUUUGUUACAGAAUGGUCCAUCUGGUAACGCUAUUUCUGCAUCAUUUCCAAAUGGAGGUAACUGUCAUCAAAAUGUCUCUACAACAUCUUAUCGUACUAACUUGGUUGGAAUACAGCCUGCGAUUCCGGCGAAUCAGACUGCUACAGUUGUUGCUGGUUACAAUGAUUCACCGUUUAAUCGUUCUAAAUCGUGUAUUAAUGUUCAGUCUGGAAGCCAUUCUGCUAACAAUCCACCCAUCUAUACAGCAAAUGGAAACACUUCUCAAUCUGCACAUGGAACUUUUCAGUCACUGACAACCUAUGGGUCACCGACGACUUCCAGUUAUCAAGGAGGUUUAUCUUAUGUCCAUCAUCAGUCACAACAAAUUCCUGCUGUUCCCACAACAGUGGCAAGCGGUUCUCAAAUGGUGGUUGUAACGCCUACACCACCAGCACCAAUUAGUAGUAGUAGUGGUCUCUAUCAAUCAGUGUCGUCAUCUUCGUCAUCAUCAUUAGCUGCAGCCGCAGCAUCAAAUGGGUCUGUAUCGGCAAAUUUCCCAACCAGUAGUAGUAGUGGUGUUAGUCAUCAAAAGUCACUUCUUUCUUCCAACGUACCCAGUGCUGUUUGUCAGGUACAAAAUUUACAAUGUUCUCUUCCAGAAACAACAAAUUUGAAUACUGUUGGUUUAAUGACUUCUGAAUUUCAAGGGAUGUCUUUUAAUUCAACAGUUAACAACACAUCGCCACCAUCGUCGUCUACAUGUCAGUCUGAUAAUGUUGUAUCAUCAUGUGAUACACAGGUUUGGUCUAAUGAUGGAGAUGGACAAAAAUUAUGUCCUAUGAAUUCUAUCAACUCUUCAGAAAGUGAUAUUAUGCCGUGUCAGCAGCAGCAGCAGACUACAGGGAUUGAAAAUACAUCACAUGGUGACCUCGUGGUUGUUGCUACCGAGAAUACUGUUAAAUCCAAUGUAACAGAACCUACCACUGACACACAUCAUUGUUCAAACUUUCAGCAAGAAACUAUCCCUUCAUCAGAUUUUGAUUGUUUAUCCAGUCUACCGAGUGGAGAAGUUCCUUCAUCACUUGAUCCUCCUCCUCCUCCUUCAACAAAUCAUUCCUCUGCUUCAAGUUCUACAACCUGUCAAACAGGGAAUUGUUUGUCUUCGCCUAACCUUGAAAUGAAUGGCAGUAGUCGUCGUCUUGGUGGUGGUGGUGGUGGUUCAUCAUCAUCAAGCACUGAAUGUCAGUCAGAUGAUAAAUUACUUAGGAAGAGUAAGCUGGCUGAUAAAAAACGCGAUUCAUCAUCGAACUCUACUGCUUCUGGCCGUCGUUGUAGUGAAGCUGGAUUGAAUGAAACCACCGCCUCGCCUACAUCAACUACUACUAUACCAUUGAAUAGGCGGAAGAAAAAUCCUCAUUCAGCAGCAGCAGCAGUAGCUUCUAGUGUCAGUAAUAAACAACCACCACCACCAGCACAAAAGCAUUCAAAAUCUCCACCAAAGAAAGAUACAACUGUAAGUGGUGGUAGUUCUGAAGUUCGUCUACCCACUAGCUGUACUCUCCUCAAUCCAUCAUCUCCUUAGGAAAACUCCGUACGUGGCUGGCUCAAAAUAACUGCUAAAGAUUUCAUGGACCGAUGUCAAGUUUUGGUUUCACCACUAGCUCUUUUUCAACUCAACCCCGUCGAGGAAGGCGGUACCUAGACAUACAUGCGUAACUCAUAUCCUAACCAUGUCAAUCGAUGUGACCUCACAAUCUCGUCGACUGACUUUCCCUCCUUACCUAACACUCUGCACCUAACCUCAAUAUUGCUCACUCUAUUAUACCGUUUGAAAUGGGAGAUAGAACACACAAAACUAUUGAUCAAAAACGGCUAGCCAGUCUUCCACUCUCGGUGGCCAUGUCUCGCUCACAAUCAUAGAGGAGGACACAGCAAACUAACGCGCAGUACACACUUCCUUUGAUCUAUAACCAGUCAGAUAUCACGUCUUCUCCAGGGAUGGCAUAAGUUGACGAAUGCCACCCGACCCUUUGGAUCUGAUCUGAGAUUUCAUCAGCGAUCAACCCGUUGACACCGGCUGAUGCAACAUCCCAAAUAAGCGAAGUGGUUAACACGCUCCACCGACCACUUCACUUAGUAGGAGUCGACGUAGUUUAGUGAAGUCCUGUAGCCUCAUCUUACAUUUUGACAGGAGCAAAUCGCACUCCAAACGUUCGA